UGGCGCUGUGAUUGGUCUCUCUCGUUGGCUUCGCGCGCGUGAUUCUGCUGAGAAUUUUCGCGCAUUAUGGGAUUCCAGCAGCGUGAGCUGCUUUCUCUGUUAAGAAUCCAGCCAUUCAAGGUAGCACACAAGCUCUCAAGCUCUCAAGCUUUUUAGGGACACUCGGGGGAGGUCAAGAGACAGAUGCCGAGCUACGCACAACACGCCUGUUUGUAGAGACGAUUAUUUGCUACAUGCGGUUGGCUACUCUGUGACCUAACCUGUCAGAGGUGAAGCAGCAACAGCAGCAGCGGAUCUGCGGUCGUAAGUAGUUUUUGGGCACGUACAUUCGAGAGAGUAUUUGCGUAAUUUUAUUGCGCUUGUUAGUGCGCGGUCUGUCGAAGACGUAAGUAGGAAACAAAACAAAAAAAAUUCGGUGGCAUAUUUUCCGCGAAGAAAAGCGCAACGUCGACGCACGCCGUGUUCGUCCGACGUUCGCUGAUUGCGGAACACAAAGCUGGCUCUACUGCGUCUUCACGGCGAGUUGCCGUCUCUCUGCCUCGGUCGUCGCUGCCUGUUAUGCGGUGAACGUCGACAGAAAUUAUAGUAAUACAUAGUAACAGUGACGCUCACUCGACAAGCAUAUAAAAAAAACAGAAUGUCUGGGCAUAGAGGCGGUGGAGGAGCUGGGAGUCAUCAUGGAGGCCCUCCAGGCCUAAAACAAAUUGACUUGGAUCAAAUUUGGGGAGAUUUACGUGAAGGCAUAGAACAGGUGUAUAAUAGACAGUGUAUGUCAAAACCAAGAUACAUAGAACUGUAUACACAUGUAUAUGAUUAUUGUACGAGUGUUCAUCAACAAUUGACCAGAACAUCGACCAAGAGUAAGAAAGGGCAAAUUUCACAAGGAGGUGCACAAUUAGUAGGAUUGGAAUUAUACAAACGUCUGCGUGACUUUCUUAGGAAUUAUCUUAUUAGUUUACUCAAACAUGGAAUUGACUUGAUGGAUGAAGAUGUGCUGCAGUUUUACACAAGACAGUGGGAGGAAUAUCAAUUUAGUAGUAAAGUGUUAAAUGGUGUAUGUGCAUAUCUGAAUCGUCAUUGGGUACGCAGAGAAUGCGAGGAAGGUCGAAAAGGAAUUUAUGAAAUUUAUCAAUUAGCCCUGGUUACCUGGCGAGAUAAUUUAUUUAAGCAUUUAAACAAACAGGUUACUAGUGCAGUGCUUAAAUUAAUCGUUCGAGAACGCAAUGGAGAAACAAUUAAUACCCGAUUAGUCAGUGGUGUUAUUAAUUGUUACGUAGAAUUGGGUUUAAAUGAAGAAGAUCCAGGUGCUAAAGGACAAAAUCUAACGGUGUAUAAAGAUUCUUUUGAAAAUCAAUUCCUCGAAGAUACAGAACGUUUCUAUUCUAACGAAAGUUUGAAUUUUCUCAGACAAAAUCCUGUAACAGAGUAUAUGAAGAAGGCAGAACAGAGAUUAUUGGAAGAACAAAAACGAGUUCGCGUUUACUUACAUCAAACAACUCACGAACGAUUAGCGAAGACAUGUGAAAGGGUGCUUAUUGAAAAACAUAUGGACAUAUUUCAUGCUGAAUUUCAGAAUCUUUUGAAUGCUGAUAAAAAUACAGAUUUAGGCAGAAUGUACCAACUAGUAGCGAGAAUACCGAAUGGCCUUGGAGAAUUGAGAAAUCUUUUAGAAACUCACAUAGCUAAUCAGGGACUCGCGGCUAUAGAUAAAUGUGGCGAUUCUGCGGCUAAUGAUCCAAAAGUAUACGUGAACACUAUUUUGGAAGUGCAUAAGAAGUAUAAUGCUUUAGUGUUGGUUGCAUUUAACAACGAUAGCGGUUUUGUAGCAGCUUUGGAUAAGGCUUGUGGUCGAUUUAUCAAUGCCAAUUCUGUUACAAGAGCAGCAAAUAGCAGCAGUAAGUCACCUGAAUUAUUAGCGAAAUACUGUGACUUGCUGCUCAAAAAGAGCAGUAAAAACCCAGAAGAAGCAGAGCUUGAAGAUACUCUCAAUCAAGUCAUGGUAGUGUUUAAAUACAUCGAAGAUAAAGAUGUAUUUCAGAAAUUCUAUAGCAAAAUGUUGGCGAAACGAUUGGUGCAACACAUGUCUGCCAGCGAUGACGCAGAGGCUUCCAUGAUCUCUAAGUUGAAGCAAGCUUGUGGAUUUGAAUAUACUUCAAAGUUACAACGCAUGUUUCAGGAUAUUGGCGUGUCGAAAGAUUUAAACGAACAGUUCAGAAGACACUUGGUAAGAUCUGCUGAACCAUUAGAUGUGGACUUCAGUAUACAAGUUUUGUCUUCUGGUUCAUGGCCAUUUCAACAGUCUUUCACAUUUUCUUUGCCAACAGAGCUAGAACGAUCUGUACAUAGGUUUACUACUUUCUAUAGCUCACAGCAUAGCGGCAGAAAAUUAAAUUGGUUGUACAAUAUGUCUAAAGGGGAGUUACAUACCAAUUGUUUCAAGAACAGGUACACAUUACAAGCCUCGACUUUCCAAAUGGCUGUCUUGCUGCAAUAUAAUGGAUCUACAUCAUGGACAAUACAGCAACUACAUUAUGCUACGCAGAUAAAAAUGGAUUUUUUACUACAGGUUAUUCAAAUACUUCUGAAAGCCAAACUUUUAACCGCAGCUAGCGAUGAUGUAGCUGAACUGACACCGCUAUCGACAGUAGAACUUUUUACGGGAUACAAGAACAAGAAAUUACGGGUGAAUAUUAAUAUACCAAUGAAAACGGAAUUAAAGGUUGAACAAGAAACCACACACAAACAUAUAGAAGAAGAUAGAAAACUUUUAAUUCAAGCAGCAAUCGUUAGAAUUAUGAAAAUGCGGAAAGUAUUGAAACAUCAACAAUUAGUAGCAGAAGUUUUGAAUCAAUUAAGUUCCAGAUUCAAGCCAAGAGUGCAUGUUAUCAAGAAAUGUAUAGAUAUUUUAAUUGAAAAAGAGUAUUUGGAACGCACAGAGGGUCAGAAGGAUACUUAUAGCUACCUGGCAUGAUCAGUUGAUUUAGGACAACGAUACAGCAGCAACCAUAUAUGCAUAAUAAAGAGAAUCUUACAUUAUCAUUGCUA